CAAACCCACAAAAUGGAGAAGGUUUUAAUCAACAACUCCCUCCACUUCAUCUGCUCCAACCCACCAACAAUCAAACCCCCAAUUUCUCCUCUCUAUUUAAAUCCCCACUCUCUUCAUCCUUCCCAUCACUCACAACUCCCUUCAAUCAAUCCUCAACACAUUUCUCUCAAUCCCCAUUACUCUUCCUCACCUUCUUCUCUCUCAACAUUCCAAAAAUGAAGACCGGCGAAUCCACCUCCAUUGACAUUGCCCCCGAGACCAACAACAGUGGCCCAAUUGGUAAGAAGAAGAGCACGACUCCGUUGCUAGCCGCCCCGGUGCCGGUGACGGACAGGGGAACCCACCGAAUGAAACGUGGGCUUUCGAUAUUUGACUUCGUUCUGAGAAUCGGUGUUCUUGCGUCGGCGUUGGCGGCCGCUGCCACCAUGGGUACUAGUGACCAAACGUUGCCGUUUUUUACUCAGUUCUUCCAGUUCGAGGCCAGCUACGAUGACUUGCCUACUUUCCAGUUUUUUGUGGUCGCAAUGGCGGUAGUCGCAGGAUACGUGGUUUUGUCAAUUCCAUUCUCAAUUGUGUGUAUUAUUCGUCCCCAUGCUGCUGGUCCUCGCGUUCUCUUGUUGAUUCUAGACUCGGUGGCUUUGACUUUGAACACAGCAGCAGCAGGGGCAGCAGCAGCAGUGGUAUCGCUAGCACACAGUGGGAAUUCAAGCACAAAUUGGUUAGCAGUAUGCAACCAAUUUGGUGAUUUUUGUCAACAAGCAAGUGGCGCUGUGGUUGGCUCUUUUGCUGCUGUCUUGCUCUUUCUUUUACUCAUCUUGUUCUCUGCUUUGUCUCUCAAAAAUAGCCAUUGAGAUCAUUCUUCUUCUUCUUCUUCUUCUUCUUCUUGCAGAAGCUUUUCAAAAAGUUUAAGCUUUUGUACACUUUUUCCAUUUGCUUUGCUUUGUGUUUAUUCCCAUUUUAUGCAUCCAUCCAUUUGGGUUGUGUCUUUUUUUUUCUACUUUUGUUGGGAAAAGGGUUCAGGAAAUCAUUCUUAUGUAACUUUUUUUUAAAAGGUUGUUGUUGGGUUUUACUUGUGUAAGAUGAAUUGAAAAGUUGUGUUAUUAUAUAUUGUAUACUUGUUCAUAUAUAUAUAUAUAUUUACAAGGUUGUGAUUC